UUCAAACAUUAAGCUUUCAAAUGUCAGCGGGUAUAUAUAUACCGUUUUUUUUUUUUAUUUUAGAAGUGGUGUAAAAUUUUUUAAUUAAAAUGGCUAAGUCUACUGCCAUGUUUUCUCAACUUCAGCCAUGGAGUUCAGUGGCAGCUCAACCCUGUAUGGAGCAGACAGUUGGCGCACCCAUAACAACACGCGUUGGAAAUUACUAUCAAACGCCUAGACCACAUCCAUGGCGCCCAACAUUGGGAUUUGAAAAUAUUGAAGUGAUGCCACUGCCCAGCCAACCUGUCACCAAUGCUCUAUCUGAUCCCUGUUACACUCCUUAUGGAAUGAUAACGGAACCCUUGAAAUUUCCCAACUUAGUUACCGGUUUCGAAAGAAAUCCCGCCCACGCAGCUAGGGCUGCUUUGUAUACACGUUAUACGCCUAUGGAGUGGUGUCAGGGGAACAUAGCUAAAUACAAUGAAGCGGAUACAAUGAGAAAUUACUCAGAAAGGCUUAGAGGGGACUUUAUCCGGGUUUUAAGAGAGACGGAUGAGAAAACAACUCUUGGUCAACGAGAAUCUGGUCGUCGAUUAGGCGAAAGAAUUACAGAUAUAACUUUUUGGAGAAACGAGUGUGCAACUGAACUUGAGAAAUUAAUAACCGAAAAUGCAUUACUUUCAAACAUGCGUCAAAACAUCGAUAAAGCGAUUUUAGAUAUUGAAGGUCCCUUGCAUAUCGCCCAAGAAUGUCUAUACCAUAGGGAAAAUAGAGAUGGAACUGAACGUGUUCAUGACAUAGGCGAGCAAGCUCUCUUAAAAGAAGUAGAGACUUACAGGAAUGGACAAGAGAGACUGAGGACAUUGGUGGAUAAAAUUAGAGCACAAUUGAGAAACAACAGAGCUGUUCAGUUUGAGCUAGAAACUGACGUACGUAGCAAAGAAUCAGCACUUGGUACGGAUAGUAUGUGUCAUCAGCUGAAUAACUUCUCAAAAGGAAUUAAUUACUACGGUGGAAUCGAAAAAUAUGAUCCAAGUAUAACUGACACAACUACAUGGGCUGAAAAUAGUAACAGAAUUGUGCAGAGAUCCCAAUCAGAGAGAACUAAAACCGUACAGAUGAGAUCGGAUAUUGAUAAUUUGAUCAAUGUAGUUUCGGGAACUAUUUGGGAUGCUUGGAGUAAUACUAAUAAUGCCUUAGCUAAGAGAGCAGCCGAACUAUUAGAGGCAAAAGGAAAGCUUCAGAUGCAUCUAACAAACUUGCAACAAGAGAUAUUUAAUAUCGAAAAGUACAUUGAACUCUUACGUAAAGGAAUCCAGGAUAAAACAAAUCCCAUGAAAGUAGCCCAUACACGUCUUGAAGCUCGCAGUCAUCGUAAAGGUAUUGAAUUGUGCCGGGACAUUGCCCAGGACAGAUUGGUUUCAGAGGUUCUUGAUAUCCAAGACAAUAUUGAAGAAUUGCAUCGUAAAUUAGAGGAAGCGGAAGCUCAACACCAACAACUGUUAAAAACGAGAGCCACGUUAGAAACAGACCUGCACAAUAAAGUUAACAGUUUGUUUAUUGACCGAGAAAAAUGCAUCGGAAUGCGCAGAUCAUUUCCAAUAACUGCCACGAUCAAAUAUUGAUUGUAAAGCAUUGUAUUUGCUGUUGCUUUUCAAUUGUUAGACAUUCCAGUUAGAUGUUCCACUAUCCCAUAUGCUUCAUAAAAUGAAUUUUAAACAAUAUUCUUUAAAAGUACCUGAAUCCUUUAAUAAAUCGUAACUAAUGA